ACUUUAAAAUUCAUCCAAAAUUCUACUCAAAAAAUCACUCAAUAUUGCCAAAAAAAUCCACAAAAAUCGAUUCCUGCUGAAAAAGUUUUCUUUUGGUAUGACACCAGCGGUAUACCUUUGGAAUUGAUUGAAUUUGGGAUUUUUUUGGCUUAUUGGGCAGUAGAAAAGUUUUUCUUGAAAAAAGAGAUUGAAGAGUUGUAUCAACGAAGUCCUAAUUAUAAAUAUGUUUUUUAUCUUUCUUUGGCUAUUGGAUUAUGGGGCAUAUUGGAUAAUUUACUGGGGUUGUUUCAAUAUUUACGAGCCAGUCAACAAGUUGAACAAUUAAGAAGGCAAGUUGAACAACUCGAAAGAGAAAUAGUUUAA